AGAAUCCGCAAGGUAGCACUAGGAUCCCUCAUCGCCGUAGCCGACCCUCUCAAGCAAAAUGCCUAGGGCUCCGCGGAAUCACAGCAAGACCUAUAAGGUUCCCCGUCGUCCCUUUGAGACCGCUCGUCUCGAUGCGGAGUUGAAGCUCGCCGGCGAGUAUGGUUUGCGCAACAAGCGCGAGAUCUGGCGCAUUGGCCUCAUUCUGUCCAAGAUUCGUCGUGCUGCUCGUGAGCUGCUCAAGCUCGACGCCAAGGACCCCAAGCGUCUUUUCGAGGGCAACGCCCUCAUUCGCCGACUUGUCCGCAUCGGUGUGCUCGACGAGUCGCGCAUGCGUCUCGAUUACGUGUUGUCGUUGAAGAUCGAAGACUUCUUAGAGCGACGGUUGCAGACCCAAGUCUUCAAGAGCGGGCUCGCCAAGAGCAUUCACCAUGCGCGCGUGUUGAUUAGGCAACGACACAUCCGUGUUGGGAAGCAGAUCGUCAACAUCCCUUCAUUCGUCGUUCGUCUUGACUCUCAAAAGCACAUCGACUUCGCUCUCACGUCGCCAUACGGUGGAGGCCGUCCUGGUCGCGUCAAGCGCAAGCGUGCUGCUGCGGCCGCGAAGAAGGAAGAGGGUGGAGAGGAGGAGGAAGAGUAAACGAGUCGCUUGCUGCGCUUUUUCGUAUGUCAUCAUCUCAUGUGGUUGUAUGUUUAUGGCUGCG